GGUACGUCCCUUAUCGUUGGCGUACAAGGAUCGGUAACUAGUGUGCGCGGGAGCCGUAAUGCAUACACCGCAUCAAGGACGACAUUGUACAUGUCGUAACUUCUGCGCAUUAUGUACGCCGUCAGCCACACAACGCCUUUGGGCACAAUGGGACGUGGGGUUUAAAAAAGCGCCUGUCCAGGACCGUCUGGACGCACUGGAGAACGCCAUAGAGGCACUCUGCGACGAUAUCUACAUUCCUCACAGCCGAGACUGUCUGCGAUGCCCUCUCGGGACGUUGAUCGUUAACUUGAGGCAGCAUGCGGUCGAGGUUCAUGGAUCCAAAGACCUCAAGGAAGCCGCUCAGAGAGACCUUCAUUUCUGUCGCUCCUGUGACUAUGUCACUGAGGAUAACCCCACGUUUGAAUCGCAUGGCAACGUUCACAAGAACCGGAAACCGUACUUCUGCCCGGCCUGCCACAAGAGGUUCACGGGCCGGCGCGAGCUCUCCGCCCAUGUCAGGCGGAAGCACCCGGGUAUGCCGAGGCCCCUCGCCAAGGAGAUGCGCCAGAUGAUGGACGAGUAUGACGCUGAGCUCAGGGCGAAGGCGGCGAGGGUCAGCCAGAUGCCUUCAGGUAGCUCUGCUCCUACGUCGAAUGCGCCGCCUCAAGCGCCCCCGCCCUUCUAUCCCCCUCAGACUGCGGACUGCAGACACCUACCGCCCGAGAACCGGCAGCACAGGUACGCAGAGCAAGCGCCCCCCGCGCCGCCUGCAUAUCCUUCGUCUAGUGGUACAUCCGCCUCGCAGCCCUCCUACCACGACGCGCGUGCUGCAUGGCCAGACCAGAGGGCACCAGUGCAUCCGCCGCCGCCGUACGCACCCCAGAUUUACGGCGAUCAUGUACAGGCCACCAACGCGCAUCCGUCGCACGACGUUCGGCAGCUGGGGAACGCAUCGCAAGCGCCGCCUGUAUAUCCAUCCUCGAGAGAUGCAUCGGCGCACCCGGCCCACUCGCACACCGCACUUCGUGAUUGUCCUCCGCGGCCAGACUAUUGGGCGCCACUUCAACCGGAAUGGGGAAUGCCAGCCCAGCUGACAUCGCCGCAUGCAGCCCCAGGCUUCGGAUACCACAAUGAUGCGCAGGCCAUGGAAGCUCCUCCAUCGCACGACGCUGCACCCGACAACCACGCAGCGUGGCCUGAACCGGGCUUUGCUCCUCCUGCGCUCGACCCCGCCUUCCAUCCUGUCGCUAGUGCCCAAGGCGACCCCCAGCGUGAGCGCUUCAACUAUCCGCGCCCUCCGGAGCGUAGGGGUCGACCUGCCAAGAAGACGAGGCCAUCGCCGGUGCUGUCGAUCGCUAGUACCUCCCGGCGCUCUUCGAUGGCGGGCACGCACAGUCGGCAUGGAUCCGGGUCUGCCUCUCCGUGGCAAGGCUCGAGCGGUGGUUGGCCGAGUACUCCUGUGUCGUCGGGCUCCUCGCCGUAUCUGUCCGCUCCAUCGCCGCUUCAGCCCUCGACUCCGAGUUCGUAUCCCGAAUCGGGAUGGCCGGUCGCCACGUUUGCUAGGCAGGACCGGACCUCCUCCCAGGGCGCCGGAGACACGUUAAGUGAAGAGGUCACGAGCGAGAUCGUAACGCAAGUCUCCGCUCAGCUACUUCAGCACCCGGACGUGCUUGCAGAGCUUCGGCGGAUGACGAUUGCAGAGGCACCGGCUUCAGCGCCAUCGGGGAGCGCGCCCGCCCAUUCUCGGAGCUCGUCCUCGGGGAAUGCUUCAGUGACGCUCUCGCUCGCUCCUCUGAGCUCUUCUCCUGCUUCCCCAUGGUACGGCUCUGGUUACGGGGCGGUGGACAACUCGGCUCCGUCGUCGAAUUCCUCGCCAUACGCACCAGUCACCUUGUCUCGCCAGGCCUCCGCUCAGGGCUCUCGUCCACAAUCCAACGGCUGGCUCGUUGAUGUGGCUGUGCAAAACGAUUGGGCCUCCAGCGACAGUCCGGCAGCGCUAGCGUAUGAUGAGCCAGCGUAUGGGAAUCUUCCUCCGGGAUUCUGGAAUGAGGACCUAGAGGCAGGGCUCCGUCAGAUGGCGGUCGCAGAGGGCUUUGGUACGGGGUCGUCGCAGAGCGCGCCUGUUUAUUCCGGGGGCUCGUUCGAGAAAGGUGGCGAGACCGGGUCGUCGGACGGAUAUGCAGCUCAGCAGAAUCAGGCGCAGAGCUCGACUAUCCCAUCCGAAGGCCUUCGCGAGCAACCAGAGCCCUCCACACCAUCAGCUCAGCCCCCGAUGCCGGAGAGCCCUCAAGCGAUCGACCCCACCGCUCGGCCACAUGGACGUCGCGCUGUAUUUUCUGCCACAGCGAACAAUCCUUUCUGGCACCCGUGGUCAGAAGGCGACAUGCCAGCCUCUAGCCCCAACCCUGCGCUCCCCGCCACGGAGCCAUACACGGUGUCCGCUGACUUUUCGACACCCUUGGACAUGCCCGAGCAGGACCACUUUGACAAUACGAACUACUUCGCGAACGACGAGGUCGCGGACAUGGACAACCAGAUUUUUCCUAUGGACGAAGAGAUGAUGUUCCCAGUGCGCGAUGGUGGAUUUUCUGAGUAUCCUAAUAAUUGGGACUCCACGUAGUCAUGACUAUUCUCGCAUUAAUUCGUGGACUACUUUCCCGCUUACGUCGUUCCUUUCAUGCCUUCCUUCCACCUCCCCUUCAGUGUUACCGUAAUUUACUACGCCUUUGGCCUGGUCGCCCUGGCCUCUGAGGGAUGCGCCAAUGGCGCAAGACGCUCGCUCUUUACAGUAAUUGCCAAUAAUGCAAUAAAAAAUUGACAUUAUAAUUGUC